UAGGAUAUUUUUGUUCAGAUUGGUUUAAUUACAGAGGCAAAUGUGGAGCCAUGCGUUAUCGGGAAGCUGGAUGAAACUUGCAGGUGUUUUCCGACAGGCGUCGCACCGACAGGCUGCUGUUUCAUGGGGGAAAUACAUCCUGCCUUAUUUAGUUAAACGUGUCUACCCCGAGAUCUGCAUUUUGUAAACCGUUUUUGCCUGUUUUGCCAAGAUUUUUUUUCUUCUUCUUGGGUCUUAAAGCUAAACUGAAAGUGGAUUGCGCUGUGACCAAACAGCAAGAAGAUCACCAAGUCUUAUUUUUUUUUCAUUUGUUUUCCCUCACGUAUAAUGAUCAGAUCUAAAACAAAACACACGGAACUUCAUUCUGCCUCUCCGUAUAGAACAAGUUGUUCUUAAAGAACUGUUUACUCGCAGACAUCCUUAAACUUAAGAUGUCGAGCUUAUUUCUUAAUCACACCGUUGAUAGAUCUCUAUAUUAGGCGGUUUAGGAUUUAAAAUAAUGCUUGAUCAGCAUAUACUGACGGAAUUUAAUUCAAGGCAUGCCAUGUAGCCUACACGGGACUGGAGCCUUUGUAAUUUGACGUCUAUGGCCCCCGGGGGUAAACACUGAUGUUUGGGUUUUAGUUUAGUUAGUCAAUGCGCCUUUAACGUUAGUCUGAGUUUGUGUUAUGGACGACGUGAUUGAAUUAUGUUUAUGUAUUUAAACACCAAAGGCAUUUGAAGAGUCGCGAAUAUUCCAGCAGUUUAAUCCUGAACACAGUCACUCACUGGAGAGUAUUCUUGACAUUUCCCAUGGACUCAUCCACGCCAAUGUGCACUCGAUCACUAUCCACUCAUACUAUCGGAUUAUGGAUUUAUUUCUCAUGAGCGCUCAGCAUGUGUUUUCUUCUGCAAGAUGUGUCGGCGCGUGUCUUUCGCUGUUUAACUUGACAAUUACAGGUUUUGACCCCGAGAGCUGCCAUUCUGUUCGCUUUUACAUCUAUACAAACAAACUGGAGGGAGACGUGCUGUUUUAGUGGGUGACACUUUCUUCAGGACAUUGACAGCAGAUGAGGGCGAAACUUUUGUGUUGCUGUUUCCAUGCGUGACAAUCCCACAAGGACAUAAAGGAGUAAUUAUGCCCUUAAGAAAACGAGACACAGCCAGGGCAAUAUGCCUUCUGGAGGACUACUGCUCCAAACUGAAGAAACCAGAGGAACAACAGCUCAAAACUGCCAUCUUAAGAGUCAUGGACAUUUUCAAAAGCAGUCUUUUCCAAGCGCUCAUAGAUAUCCAGGAGUUUUAUGAAGUGACCCUGCUGAACUCUCAGAAGAGCUGUGAGCAGAAGCUGGUGGAGGUGAAUCACAUGGCUGAGCAGUGGGAACACACUGCCACCAACUCAACAUCACCCACAGAGGGUCUGCAGCCUGCCUCCACACCGCCAGAGCUAAAAGAAGACCGCCAGAUGGAGCUGACAGUAAAAGAGCCUGCUGUAGGAUGCGGCAAUACAGAGAACAGGCCUCCAGCGGUACAGGGCUCCCAGCACCAAAGCCACUCUCCAGCAUGUAUGAACCCGGCCCUGAUGAGCUCCCCCUGGUACCGGUAUCAGGACGAUGAUUCCCCUCCUCCUGAACUUAGCUUUCCUCGGCUCACCAAUGAAGUUCGAGCGCCGGAGUUGGUGCACGUGUCGGAGAAAAACCUUUCGGAAAUAGAGAACGUGCAUGGCUAUGUUUCCCACUCUCACAUUUCACCGCUUAAGGCAAGUCCUGCCCCAAUUAUUGUCAACACGGACACUUUGGAAUCUGUACCAUACGUAAAUGGAACAGAAAUUGAAUAUGAAUUUGAAGAGAUUACAUUAGAGCGGGGUAACUCAGGGUUGGGGUUUAGUAUAGCAGGCGGCACAGAUAACCCUCACAUCGGCGAUGAUCCCGGGAUCUUCAUCACAAAAAUCAUCCCUGGGGGAGCAGCGGCUGAAGACGGCAGACUCAGAGUCAAUGACUGUAUUUUGCGAGUGAACGAAAGUGAUGUUUCGGAGGUGUCUCACAGUAAAGCAGUGGAGGCUCUGAAAGCAGCCGGAUCGAUUGUGAGGCUCUAUGUUCGCAGGAGGAGACCGAUGCUGGAGACCGUCACCGAAAUCAAACUCAUAAAAGGACCAAAAGGGCUCGGCUUCAGUAUUGCAGGUGGUGUAGGAAACCAGCACAUCCCGGGUGAUAACAGCAUUUAUGUCACUAAAAUCAUUGACGGAGGUGCUGCGCAGAAGGAUGGGCGGUUACAAGUUGGAGACAGACUGCUUAUGGUGAAUAACUACACUCUAGAAGAGGUGACGCAUGAAGAAGCAGUGGCCAUACUGAAGAACACGUCGGAUGUGGUUUACCUAAAGGUCGGGAAACCAACUAGUGUCUAUCUCUCAGACCCUUAUGGGCCGCCUGAUAUCACACACUCAUUCUCACCCGCUAUGGAAAAUCAUAUCUCUUCCCCUGGUAAUAAUGGCACUCUGGAAUAUAAGUCCAGUCUUCCGCCCAUCUCCCCCGGCCGAUAUUCCCCCCUGCCCAAGCACUUGCUGGGGGAAGAGGACAUAAACAGGUUGGAUGGUUUUUCCUUCCUACGAAAUCCCUCAUUAGAUGAGAUGGAAGGUCACAGGUUUGAUUCCCAGCACUUCCAGUUGAGGCCUCCAGAGCCAGUUUACAGCACUGUGAACAAACUGAGUGACCGCGCUCCCUCUCCCCGUCUCUACUCCCCCGUGGAGUUUGAUAAAAGCCCCAUGCACUCAAUCCCUCACUUCCCUCACUAUCACGUAGGCCUGCUCCCUGACUCCGAGAUCACCAGGGAGCCCAGGAAGAUCGUCCUCCACAAGGGCUCCACCGGACUGGGCUUCAACAUCGUGGGAGGAGAAGAUGGAGAAGGCAUUUUCGUCUCCUUCAUCCUGGCUGGAGGGCCUGCCGACCUCAGUGGAGAACUGCGCAGAGGAGACCAGAUCCUGUCUGUCAAUGGAAUCGAUCUGCGAGGUGCCACUCACGAACAAGCUGCGGCAGCGCUGAAGGGAGCAGGGCAGACGGUAACCAUCAUCGCCCAGUACCGGCCCGAGGAACUUGCCCUGUGCUCCCCACGGCGGGCCCCGCCACCGACUGCAGAAUACGGGCGUUUUGAGGCCAAAAUUCAUGACUUGCGAGAGCAGAUGAUGAACCACAGCAUGAGCUCUGGAUCCGGAUCCCUCAGAACCAAUCAAAAACGUUCACUCUAUGUCAGGGCUCUGUUUGACUAUGAGCGAGCAAAGGACAGUGGUCUGCCCAGUCAGGGUCUCAGUUUCCGGUAUGGAGACAUCCUUCACGUCAUCAAUGCGUCUGAUGAUGAAUGGUGGCAGGCCAGGAGAGUGACGCCCGAGGGGGACAGCGAGGAGAUGGGCGUCAUUCCCAGCAAGAGGAGGGUUGAAAGAAAAGAGCGAGCUCGUCUGAAGACGGUUAAAUUCAACGCAAAACCUGGCAGCCUGGAUUCUAAAGGGUCAUUCAGUGAAAAACGUAGAAAGAACUUCAUCUUUUCACGCAAGUUCCCUUUCUACAAGAACAAGGACGCCGAUGAGCAAGACGGCAGUGACUCUGAACGGAGUCAAGAGGAACUGAUCCUCUCGUAUGAGCCUGUCAUCAGACAAGAGAUUAAUUACGCCAGACCAGUUAUAAUCUUGGGGCCCAUGAAGGACCGAAUCAACGAUGACCUCAUCUCUGAAUUCCCUGACAAGUUUGGGUCUUGUGUGCCACAUACUACCAGACAAAAGCGGGAUUAUGAAGUGGAUGGGAGAGAUUAUCACUUUAUGGCCUCACGAGAACAGAUGGAGAAAGACAUCCAAGAGCACAAAUUCAUUGAGGCUGGACAGUACAAUGACAAUCUGUACGGAACCAGCGUCCAGUCGGUCAAAUACGUGGCUGAGAGGGGUAAGCACUGCAUACUUGACGUGUCUGGAAAUGCCAUAAAACGACUACAAGUAGCACAACUCUACCCCAUUGCCAUCUUUAUAAAGCCUAGAUCCAUUGAGUCCUUAAUGGAAAUGAACAAGAGGUUGACAGAGGAACAGGCCAAAAAGACAUAUGACCGUGCCAUGAAACUGGAGCAGGAGUUUGGCGAGUACUUUACAGCGCUGGUUCAAGGAGACACACUAGAGGACAUUUAUAACCAGUGUAAGAUGGUGAUAGAGGAACAGUCUGGACCUUACAUCUGGAUUCCCUCAAAAGAAAAACUAUAAAAAAAAAAGUCACCUUACUCUGGCAGGGACCUUGGACUGCAAAAAAGAAGAAGAAACAUAGGAAUAAUUUGUAAUAUAAUAUAAAUUAUUAUUAUUAUGGCAAUGUUUAUUGUUAACUCUUACAGUGAUUUUGUUUGUUUGUUUGUUUAUUUUACGUUGCUUUUUUUUUCACUUUCAAUAUGAAUGUUCCUGAAUGUACACCACAAAGUGUUAGAAGCAUUUUUGGUCUCAACAAAAAGUGGACUUUUUGUUUUGUAUAUUUAUCGGUUAGCGUUUCAUUUUAAGGGAAAAAAAGGAAACACAAUUUAACGCUAAGUAUUCUCCUUCAGUUGGGAUUUCGAGCGGAAGGACAAAGAAGUAGGUCAGAUCAUCGAGGAUGGUUUCCACCCACCAUCACCUCAACCCCCAAGAAGAAAAAGACAAAUCAAUGUUUAUAUCAGCUUUCUUCACUUGUCACCCAAUCGGUUGGUUUCCACACACACCUCGCAGACUCAUUUCACAAACUCAGCAUCUAUGCACUCCUGUGGCUAACAAUACACACAUUGAUUGUGUUAUUUUUUGGGGGGAGGGGAUUUGUAUUAUUUUGUACAGACAUCCAUUUUGUUUGCGAACAUUUAGUUUAGCGAAAAUUGUACAUUAUUUUUAACGGAUUCAAUCUUGUGAUGCUUUAGUUAGCAUUAACUGCGAAGGGGAAUUAACUAGCUGUAGGAAAUAUGACACUAUAUUUUGCUAUUUAUAUUGAUAGAGGACACAACAGCACAGAAAAUAUUUAUAAAGAUGAUAUAUAUAUAUAUAUAUAUAUAACUUUGUCUAAAAAAAUCAUUUUGGAAAUGAGGUUUUACUGGUACUGCUGUGUCAUAUUGUGUCGUUGCUGUUGUGUUGGUGAGAAUGAAAAGUGCAUGUUUUUCCUGAACAAAACGCUCUCUCUAAUCCGUCCAAUUCUGGAAUUCGCUUAUUCUAAAACAUCCAGGAGUUCUGAAUCUCUUGGAACUUGAAGACCUUUAAUUGACUGUUUGAGUUUAGAGUGUGACAUUGUUCAAAAUCUGGAUAGCAGAAAAGAAUUUGAUGUUUGUCAUUCAUUGGCUUUCAUCAAGCACCCUCUAAAGCAGUGCUCUCCAACCUUUCUAUAACCGCGGACCGGUCAACGGUUGACAAUUUUUUCAUGGCUCGUUAGGGGUGGGUGGGAUGGUGUACGUAGAUUGCUAGGCAACUCUCGACUGUUUUCUCAGAGGAUGCCAAGCUGACUAAACAUUGCUGCAGCUCUGAUACAAGAUGUAUUUAUGAAGAAAAUCAAAAAGCACUGCAGUGUUUGGGUGUCCUGUGUUUGUCUGAGAUAAUUAGCCUACCAAAAGGUGUAUAUUCCAUAUACACAUUAUUUGGAUAUAUCAUACUGACCAUAUGAAGCUGAUCGGUCAGCUCUUAUCACAUGACUCGCUCAUGGCAUUCUGAAUAGUUGAGACGUUUUCAACUAGGUGCGUAAGUCAUGUGCCUCCAUUAAAAAUAACGAACUUGCGCUCGGAAAAGAUGCGAUAUGUAAGGAAGGCUGCUAUCAUUUGGGAUCUAUAGCAGUUCUUCUUGCACAGACAUGCUGAAUUCACCUGAUUUGUUGUAAAAUGGGUUGCAGAUUCAUUACUUAGCAGCCUUUUUACCACUUUCCAAAGUCAUCUGUUUCUUACUCAUUUUGCUAGCUGGUGGGCAAUGAUGGGUCGUUCUUGAAUGAUGUGUUCCUUUUAAAGGAAUCUUUUGUAUCACUCGAGAAUGAGGACUCCUCUCAGUGAGUGAUUCAUUCAUUUGUGCAUGUGCACAUUUGUGCAGGUGGAGAAGAAGAUUAGUUUCUUUAUCGAGUCUUCUGUUGGGUUUGAGUCAUUUGUUCAUCACGUAAAAGACAGAAGCUAUUCAUAUGCAUUUAGAGCCGGAAAAUUAUUUGAUCUGUUUAUUUCUCGAGUCCUCAGUUUGAGUCGUUAUUUCAUGAUGUGAAAGACAGAAGUCAAUAAUAUGCAUUUAGAGCCAGAAAAAGAUUUGAUGCGUUCAUCUCUCGAGUCCUCGGUUUGAGUCAUUCGUUCAUCACGUGAAAGACAGAAGCAAAUCAUAUGCAUUUAGAGCCAGAAAAAGAUUCGAUCCGUUCAUCUCUCGAGUCCUCGGUUUGAGUCAUUCGUUCACCACGUGAAAGAAAGAAGUCAAUUAUAUGCAUUUAGAGCCGGAAAAAGAUUCGAUCCGUUCAUCUCUCGAGUCCUCGGUUUGAGUCAUUCGUUCAUCACGUGAAAGACAGAAGCCAAUCAUAUGCAUUUAGAGCCGGAAAAAGAUUCGAUCCGUUCAUCUCUUGAGUCCUCGGUUUGAGUCAUUCGUUCAUCACGUGAAAGACAGAAGUCAAUAAUAUGCAUUUAGAGCCGGAAAAAGAUUUGAUCCGUUCAUCUCUCGAGUCCUCGGUUUGAGUCAUUCGUUCAUCACGUGAAAGACAGAAGCCAAUCAUGCAUUUAGAGCCAGAAAAAGGUUCGAUCCGUUUGUCUCUCGAGUCCUCGGUUUGAGUCAUUCGUUCAUCGCGUGAAAGACAGAAGCCAAACCUAAGCAGUCAGAGCCAGAAAAAGAUUUAAUUCGUUCAUCACUCUAGACUUUGGUUUCAGUCGUUCGUUCAUCACGUGAAAGACAGAAGUCAAUCAUAUGCAUUUAGAGCCAGAAAAAGAUUUGAUCCAUUCAUCUCUUGAGUCCUCGGUUUGAGUCAUUCGUUCAUCACGUGAAAGACAGAAGCCAAUCAUAUGCAUUUAGAGCCGGAAAUAGAUUUGACUCGUUCAUUUCUUGAGUCUUUUGAGUCAUCUCUUUACAUGCUGUCCCGUGAUGAACGAACGACUCUAAAACCAGAAGACUCGAAAGGUGAACUAAUCAUGGCUCCUUUUGGCUCAGGCUAUGUGCAUUUGUUAAGCUUAUAUGGGACUCUCUGUGUGACGUUAACGAAUUUGAAGACCUGUCAAAAGAGGUGAGCUGACAUAAUCAUAAACAAAAGACCAGGUAAACGAUUAAUCAAUAAAUGAUUAUUUUCUCUUUCUUGUUGCAUUCUAGUUAUGACUUGUUUGUAGUGUGAUCAACGUUUGGGCUAGUUGUAAAUGAGUUUGGAAGCAACUCAUAACAUUUUUAAUAAUAAUAAUAAUGAUAAUAAUUUUCUGGAUACUCAAAGCGCUUUACACAAUGGGGGGGAAUCUCCUCAUCCAUCACCAGUGUGCAGCGUGACAUAAUGACAGCCAUACUGCGCCAGACUGUACACCACAUACCAGCUGAUUGGUGGGGAGGAGACAGAGUGAUGAAGGGUUAAACCCCUACUCCUUUUCGAAGGACAUCCUGGGAUUUUUAAUGACCACAGAGAGUCGGGGACCUCAGUUUAACGUUUCAUCCGAAAGACGGUGCUCACUGAGCAGUAUAGAGUCCCCUUCACUAUACUGGGGCAUUAGGACCCACACAGACCACAGGUUGAGCACCCCCUGCUGGCCUCACUAACACCACUUUCGGCAGCAGCUUUCCCAUGUGUUCUCCCAUCCAGGUACUGACCGGGGGCAGUACUGCUUAGCUUCAGUGGGCGACCAUAUAAGAGUUGCAGAGAGCUAGCUGCUGGCUGAUUUUUAUAAUAUUUUUGGCAAAUUGAACGAAAUGACUCAAAAAAACAUUCAUUCAUCUCACUAAACGAGACUCAAAGGUCAGAGUCAGUAAAACGGUCCAAACUUCUCAUCACUACUUGUGGGUUUCAUUUUGGCGCUCAGGUGACUGAGAGAAUACGGUAAUGUUUCAUAAUAAAAGGUUUUUCAAAAUAAAAGAUUGUUCAGACUCAGAUAACAAAUAAAACAAAAAAAAUUAAUGAUUUUUUGUGCAACCCUGUACCAAUUGUACCAGUCCGCGGCCUGGGGGUUGGGGGCCACUGCUCUAAAAUGUUUACAGUAUACCUCGACUACAGUUCAGAGAGAAAAUGAGGGACAAGGUCGGCAAGGGGUCCUGUCUUAAAAGCAUUUGCGUAAACGUAGUAUAAAGAUCUCUGAAUUAAUUUUUUUAAAUGUUAAGGCAUGCUUUACACUCGUGUCCACAUUUUCUGAGUGCAUACUUCUGUCAUUCGUGCCCUUUCCAUGUAUAGUUGAGAGAAGAUCCCCGUCCUUUUACAUUAAUAGCAAAGCUCUCGCCAUUCAUGGAAACUACAAAUGCCAAAAGCCAUUAACUCUGCUCACUCGUUUCAAAUGCGGGGGGAUUUAUUUGUUGCAAUAUUUAUUGGGAGAUGUUACAGCACGGUUCUGUGGCAAGAGUCUUUUGACCUACUGGUCACCACUUGCCUUAAAAAAAUAGGGGGGGAUGAGGCUUUUCGGGCCAGAUAGACAUUUUUUACGCUUUCUUGAAGACUGAGCACUUUUGUAUAUUUGAGAAAUUAUUCACAGAUUGUGUUCAACCAGAUGGUGGACACAGAGGGGGAUUUUCAGAAGAGAGAGACUGAAUAUCACAGUGAAGCUCUUCAUGGUGUAAUAUUUUUAUUUUAUUUUAUUUUUUUGGAAUAACAAUCGAUAAUGUGUAUGUUAUUAUGACGAUGUAAACCAUGGAUGGCAACUGACUAUCAGAAUAUAAAUUGAACAUUUAAAAUGCUGUGAAAUUAUUGUUUCUCUUCGACACGUGUGGAUUUGCUUUUCUCCUUGUACUUUCGGCUGUUCUAUCAUCUGUAGCAUAUCAUUUAUUCAUUUUAUAAUGCACACAAGGUAUUGCGCUAGACUUUGAAUACCCUAAAUUUGCAUUCAUUUGGUAACAGAAAGUGCAUCUCGGUUAAGUAGCUUCAUUGAGAAUCAAAACCCUGCAGAUUGUACGCACUCCAACGAGGCUUUUUGAAGCCUCACGGUGCUCAUCGUCUGAUUUGGUCCAUUAAUUCCAAUUGAAUGUUCAGCUUAGUCGAACGUGCUGAAAUGGAGUUGUUUUUGUCUCAGGGUUGCCAGAUAGGGCUUAAUCACUGAUAUUAAACCUUCGGAUCUGAGUGCAUCUGUUUAUCACACAAAUCUCCAAUGUUUUCCUCCUGAUACCUGCGUUUGCAUUCGGUCUUCUGUUCUGUCCUGAGAGUUCGUUCUGUGAUUUAUUUGUCCCCAAAUGGGCGAUGCAAAUUAUUUUCAACGCACUGUUUGUUUGUUUGUUUGUUUGUUUAUUUAUUUAUUUAUUUGGUUUCCUGAAUCCCAAAUCAUGUGCAAUUGUGUAUAUAAAUAUUUGUUUGCACUUAUUGUAGUUGUAUAGGAGAUCUUUAAUUAACACUGUCCCCAAAACUCUCUGUUUUUUUUUGUUUUUUUCUAUUUAUAUCACAGGAGAUUAAAGUUAAAUUAUUAAACAUUUACAUCCCCUUCUGUUUGUAGGUAUCAUUUCCCAGCAUUCCAUGAGUUUACCGAUUUAAGCACACUUAGGUAAGGUGAGACUGUACAGGUAACCUCACUUGUUUGUAAAGAGGAAAGUAAUUUGCGUUUCACUCUUCGUCUGUUGGAUUUUCCGAAGGAUAUACAAAAAAAGGAACCUGUCGUUUGCAUCUUGUUACUGUUUGUAUUCCUGGUUGUUUAAGGAAUCCUAAUAAAGACAUUGUUUUAGGUA